GUCACCGGUACCGAGAUGUUCCUCCAUCUUUACACCAACGACGUCGAUAAUAAAGAACAUCUUGCCAUUGUUUUUGGUGACAAUAUCAGGAGCAAGAGUCUGGACGCCCCCAGGCCCGGUGAGACCGAGACGGACCGUAUGGUCCGCGGCGCCUACGUUGGACGUCUCUACCCUGGGAGGACCACCAGCGGCAUGAUGGGUCCGGAACAGGUCGAAGGCCCCCCUGCGCGGAACAGCGAUAUUCCCUUGGUGCGCAUACACAGCGAGUGUUACACGGGCGAGACGGCCUGGUCAGCACGCUGCGACUGCGGCGAGCAGCUUGACGAGGCCGCGAGGCUGAUGUCACUGCCAUCUAACCGCGCCGGGGGUGUCAUUAUCUACCUCAGGCAGGAAGGCAGGGGAAUCGGCCUGGGGGAGAAGCUCAAGGCAUACAACCUCCAGGAUCUGGGCUCCGACACUGUUGAGGCGAACCUGCUGCUGAGGCAUCCUGCCGACGCCAGAAGCUAUGGCCUGGCCACCGCCAUGCUGUUGGAUCUGGGCCAGGACGAGAUUAGGCUGUUGACGAACAACCCUGACAAAAUCCGUGCCGUCGAGGGUCCGAACCGGGAGGUCGUCGUCAGGGAGAGAGUUGAGAUGGUCCCCCUGAGCUGGAGGGGACGGGGAGGUUUCCGGAGUAAGGAGGUGGAGGGUUAUCUCAAGACCAAGAUCGAAAAGAUGGGGCACAUGUUAGACAUGGAGUCAAUACCAGGUAAAUAAAUAAAGUAAAACUUGCUGCC